ACAUAUGUAUGUUGUCUACAAUUAUGUUUAGUUAGAUAGAACAUCAUGGCUAUUUCUCAAGUUGACCGUCUAUUACUUGUGGUUGUCAAAUGCCUGCAGGUCCAGAGAUGCAAAGGAGAAGCUGAUGAUACAGAUACAUUAUUGCCAAAAGGGUAGAUGAUCCACCCUGUGUUCUUACUCGAAGGAUUGAUGAUAGGAUCCUUGCAAUGAUCUGCUUUGUAUAAUUGUGCCUUUGUUUCAUAAGGAAAUCGUGAUCAUGCCCUUUUUCAACUCCUUUUUCCCUUGCCGAUGGAAAUGACCAG